CAUGUUGAUUUUCGUUCGUAGCAAAGUUUUCGUGUGCGCGCGAGAGACGCUGAUGGAUGAAAACACUUGAUAAUUGACCGCUCUCAGGUUCCUUUCUCUGCCGUUAGUGACGUCAGUCGCCAGGUCGCCACCUACACGGCAAACCACGGCAAACGGCAAGUACAGCAACUCGGAUCGAUCGGAGGAGCGUCUUUCACGCCGGCACGUGGCUCAUGCUGACGAGAGACGCCGCCAGAUAGGCGGUAUAGUCGCGCGUAUUGCGAACAUGAGAGAUUUGACGGAGAAAAGGGAAGAUUAAUUAGAUAAUUGAUAAACAAAUGGCAGAAGAAGAUGAGAUACAUAUACGCACUUUAAUUACGUUUGAUACAAUAUUUCCGGCAGACACUGUUGAAUGGUGUCCUGUAGAUCCGUAUCGAAAUAUAUUAGCUUGUGGAACAUAUAAAUUAAAUAAAAAUGAACCUAACACGGAAUCUACAUAUAGACAGGGGCAAAUCUUAUUGCUCCGUAUAGUGAAUGGUGGAGAGUUAGAGCUGCUACAACAAGUAAGCACCUCAGCAGUAUUGGAUAUGAAAUGGUUGCAUGUCAUAGAUGUAGAAACUCGAAUACUACUUGCCGUUGUCGAUGCCAUGGGACACUUGCAAAUUCAUCAGUUAAAAGGCGAUGGAAAGGGAAUAAAAUUGGAAUUUAUUAUCAAAUUAAAAGUUAGUGAUGACGAGAAUGUCAUGGCUCUAUCUCUGGAUUGGUCCAGAGAAAAAUACGUUGCCUAUGAUCCUGUCAGCAAUACAAAUAUUCUCGUGAGCGAUAGCGCAGGACGAAUCUCACAUUUUACGUGGCGUGAAGCGGGUGAUCUGACGAAAGAUUUUACAUGGCCUGCACACAAGUUCCAUGCAUGGAUUACCGCCUUUGAUUAUUCCAAUCCACUUAUUUUUUAUUCUGGAGGCGAUGACAAUAGAUUUCUAUGUUUCGAUAGCAGAACAGGAUCUCAUCCUGUAUUUGUAAAUAAGGACCAUACUUCCGGCGUUACCAGCAUUCACAGUAACGUCAAUAAAACAUUCUUACUCGCAACCGGAAGUUACGAUCAGAACGUAAGACUGUGGGACAAGAGAGAUUUCUCCAAACCGAUAUCGAAAAUUUGUGUCGAUGGUGGAGUUUGGCGUUUAAAGUGGGAUCCGUUUACUCGUCAAUAUCUGCUUGCUGCUUGUAUGUACAAUGGUUUCAAGAUCAUUAAUCACAUGGACAUAUUAUCGUCUAUCGUAGUAAAUUAUAAACAGCAUAAGGGUUUAUCGUAUGGCUGUGAUUGGUCAUUCUUGAGGCAGCCGGAUAUUUCACGUUUAAACAUAUUUAAUGGAGAUACCCUAAUAAGUACUUGUUCCUACGAAGAUUGUAGUCUCAAGAUAUCUGUGAUUGAUUUUUGGCCGGACAGACAAGCUACUGGCGAAGAUUGUUGACGUGGAUAAGGCAAAAUAUUUUUUUCAUUAAAUGUGUUACAGCAACUUUAAAAAAAUAUGAUUCGUAAUUUGUAUACAUACGCUUAUUUAAAAGCAAAGAAAUUUUAGCAAUUCAAUAUUUAUAUUAAAAUAAUAAAGUAAUUGAAAUGAGGCAAGAGGAGCAACACAUUUUUAAUAUACCUCUUUGCAGAUUUUUUUAAAUAAAUGUCAAUUCUUUAUUUCCUUUGUAAGAAAUAGUUAAGCUUUCGGUAAGUUUUUUUCUUUGCACAAACUUUUAUAUUCAUCUUUUUCUUUAAAAAAUUUCUAACAGUUUCUUAUUGAGCAAAAAUAAUGGAACGCUAUCAAGCCAUACAGUUAGGUUUAAAAUAUAUUUAAUGAAUAUAAUAAAAAUAAAUUUAAAGUUUUUUUCUGUAA